AUGACACCUAGUGAAGUCCAGUCUUUUCUAUACCAGGUUUUCAAUGCCAAUUACAAUCCCGACAUAAUCCAAGACGGGGCGGAACUACCAAAAGAUCUAAUUGUGGCACCUUUCCAAUUCUAUGAUCGACAUAUUGCCUCCAACUUUGCAUUACAACGCGUUGUAUACCUUCCUAAUAUUCCUGAGGCACUAUCUGCAACCUGUGAUGCCGCAGUAAACACCUUUUUGGCAAACAGAAAUAAAUUCUCAACCGGCGAAUCCUUUUUCAACAUGAAAUUACCCAACAUCAAAUUUAUGGACUCUGAGACGGUCAGAGAUUAUUACCGCACUCAUAUUGGCCCUAUAGCACAGGCAUUUGCAUCUAAGCUAUGCGUUCAUCCCCAUGUAAAGAGUUGGCCGUCAAUCUUGGAAAACGUGAUUGAUAACUACAUUGGCGCAAGCUACAUAUCGGAGAGUUGUUUAACCGUUACUAUGGACCCUGAAGGAGGGGUCUUUUUGGAGGAUGAACUCAAGGGAAAACUAUCACCCUCGACUACAAAGACAUUAAACGCAAUCUUAACCAACCACCCCUCACUGGCUAUAUGGCACGUCUUUCCCAUGGUUAGCCCAUUUACAACAAUGCUCCAUAGAAUUUCAACAGGGUCUGAAUUCAAGUGGGAGAACUCGCAUACGGAAGGUUAUCGAUUUUUAACCCAUACAUUGCCUCCCACCGACGCCAAAUCGCUUUCUAACAAGCUCAGUCGUUCAGGCACUUCGCGUAGGAGGAGCUUGAAAAAAAACAAGCUAGAGAGGUCAACCAUCGCUAAAGUCGGAAGAUACGUUACCCCUCCAUCAACUGUGCAACGUUCGCGAUAUCGACCUGAUUUUAAACAUUAUCUGCAAUGUUCGUUGAUAUCUUCCAAGGCCUGGACUCAAGCGGCAAUCCAUGACACUACCUACAUCAUCCUUCAUUGUGGUCGCUAUGAACGGAUCGGGAUUCGACACAGGGCUUCACAGACAUUGUAUUUGUCUGGUGUAAUUGACACUGUCAACAUACAGAAUCCUCGUUAUAGGAAGCUCCACAUUGGGCUUCACAUUGCGAUUUUCCAAGAUGCAUUGGAACGAAUGAAGGCCUCAGAGAUACCGAGCACAUCGAGCAAGCUUCCCGCAUCAAAAUCACUGAAACGUUCUUCAGAUCGCGUAGAAGGGCUUGAACGUCCUCCAAAGCGGCGGCGAUCAAGCAAGGCGUCCAGUGUUCCACCCGCGGUUCACAAUUCAAUUGCCAAGGACCUGGUCCAUCGCAAGCUCGCUCUUAUCAGUCUCGACUACGACGUGUUUUUAUCGUCGGUUCCCUCUUCGUUCAGACGAAUAGGAGAAUCAUGCAUACGGGAUUCGCGUAACGAGAGCACAGAUUGGACAAAAGAUGUCUUUGCGCAGAAGAAGUUCCGGGACCAGGAAUACUUUACGCUCAAAUUACAGGCGCCACUCGGCCGUGGUGCAGUAGGCGUCGUUCAUCCUGCCCAGGCGGAAGUCGUGCUAUCAUCAGGGGUUGUCGUGAAGGGUAAUCUGGUCGUGAAACUGGCGUUUUCAGAAGAGCAGCAAAGCAAGCUUAGAGCCGAAUUUGAGAUGUACUGCCGUAUGUCCCGAUUAAGCGAUAUCGAAGGGGUUCUUGAUGUACAUGGCCUGUUUUACGACGCAGAGUCCAAUACAAUGGCAUUUUUGAUGGCCGACGGAGGGAAGACUCUUCGACAGCGGGAAAUUGAGCGAACGGGGAAAUUUGCAGAGCAGGUAACGACUACUCAGGAAGAAAGGGAAGCGUUUACAAGGGCACUGGAAAGUAUACACCGAGCGGGCAUUCGGCAUUGUGAUAUUCGAGCAGACAAUUUGAUGAUCGACUCGGACGGUAAAGUAUAUAUCAUUGACUUUGACUGUGCAGAGUGGCACAGUCCAGACAGCCUUUCUGACGAGAUAUCGAGGCUGAAUGAAGUUCUUGAAGGAAAUUAUAUCCGGCGCCUUCAUUACUGA